GCGAAGAAGUGCGUUGUUUACGCCUACACUGGGUCCAAGAUGGCUGCUGGAGACAACAGCGGCAGGCCUCCUUGCCUUAAUUUCUCCGGUCCGGGUCCUUUGGGAAACAGCCAGCCCAGCAACAGCGUAUUCUCCAUGCCAGCAUCCAACGGCGGAGCGGUCGGUGCAUCCGGGGGAGCACAGGGAGCAGCGAGGCGUCCCAACCCGCAGCUGGGGCCUGGCGGGGGAGACAGCAACGGUGUUUCGACCGGAGCUCAGCCGACUGCGCAGAACUCCCUGCAGCAGUCCGCUGCGGCAGGUGCUGCGGCAGCUGGAGCUAUGGCCACUCCGGCGUCCAACAUGGCAACCACUGCGGCGUCAAACGCGUCCCAGGCGGCAGCACCGACCGCCACUCCGGCAGCUGCGUCUGUGCUAGUGUACCGAGAGCCAGUAUACAACUGGCAGGCGACGAAGAGCACAGUCAAGGAGAGAUUUGCUUUCCUCUUCAACAACGAAGUGCUCAGUGACGUUCAUUUUCUAGUAGGCAAAGGAAUGGGGGUCCAGAGGAUACCUGCGCACAGGUUUGUUCUGGCUGUGGGGAGCGCAGUGUUUGAUGCCAUGUUUAACGGUGGGAUGGCGACGACCUCAACGGAAAUCGAGCUUCCUGAUGUGGAACCAGCUGCCUUUCUGGCCCUUCUUAAGUUUCUGUACUCUGAUGAGGUCCAGAUCGGGCCUGAGACGGUGAUGACCACACUUUAUACGGCUAAGAAGUACGCAGUGCCAGCACUGGAGGCUCACUGCGUGGAGUUCCUCAAGAAGAACCUGAGAGCAGACAAUGCUUUCAUGCUGCUCACACAGGCACGGUUGUUUGAUGAGCCUCAGCUUGCCAGCCUCUGUCUUGAAAACAUAGAUAAGAACACCGGAGAUGCUCUCGCCGCUGAAGGCUUCACAGACAUAGAUUUGGAUACAUUGGUGGCGGUGUUGGAGAGGGAUACUCUUGGGGUGAGGGAGGUGCGUUUGUUUGGUGCUGCUGUGCGUUGGGCAGAGGCAGAGGCUCACAGGCAGCAACUACAGCCAACACCUGAGAACAAACGCAAAGUCCUGGGCAAAGCUCUCACACUCAUCCGCUUCCCUCUCAUGACCAUUGAGGAGUUUGCUGCAGGUCCAGCCCAGUCCAGCAUUUUGACUGACAGAGAGGUGGUGAGUCUCUUUCUCCACUUCACAGUAAACCCAAAGCCUCGUGUGGACUUCAUUGACCGACCUCGCUGCUGCCUCCGCGGGAAGGAGUGCAGCAUCACGCGUUUUGGACAGGUGGAGAGCCGCUGGGGUUACAGUGGGACAAGCGACCGCAUACGGUUUUCAGUAAACAGAAGGAUUUUUGUGGUUGGGUUUGGUCUCUAUGGUUCUAUACACGGACCCACAGACUACCAAGUUAAUAUACAGAUCAUUCACACAGACAGUAACACAGUGUUGGGCCAGAAUGAUACAGGCUUCAGCUGUGAUGGGUCAGCCAAUACCUUCAGAGUCAUGUUCAAAGAACCAGUGGAGAUAUUACCCAACGUCAACUACACUGCCUGUGCUACACUGAAGGGUCCAGACUCUCAUUAUGGUACCAAAGGGAUGCGGAAGGUAACGCACGAGUCAUCAUCCACUGGCACAAAGACAUGUUUCACCUUCUGCUAUGCAGCGGGCAACAACAACGGCACUUCUGUAGAGGACGGACAGAUUCCUGAGGUCAUCUUUUACACAUAGUCGGUUCUGACAUAGCAACAAUCUUCCAUCAAAUGUGACAACCUGACACCAGCGUGAGGCCACACCUCAGCAGCCAUAAUGGGGACUUAUCUCUCAGACAUACCAUUCCCUCCAUAUAGUGCACUACUGUUGACUGCACGGAAGGCCAGUUAGCUGUUAAGCGAUGUAGGUCACUACAUGGGGUGUAAGUUGUCAUCUGAGAUGCUGUCUCUCUUUUUUUUAGUGGCUUCCUUUAUCCCCUUGUGUUGUAGUGAUGCCAGGCUCUGAAUCAGACAUGACUGUAACCGACUCCACAAGGGAAGGAGAGAGAGAGGGAGGGAGAGGGGAGCGAUGUCACUGCUGUGGAUUGGCAGCAUAAGGCUUAACACUGAAUUCUUUUUAAGCUGUACAAUUCCCCUUCCUUUGCUCUGCAGCAUUAGUGUAAAGGAGAGUCACAACUGUAUGAAUGUACAGUUUAUCAGAUUUGCCAAGACUGGUUCCUCAGCACAGACCAGCAUUUCUUUCCACAUCAGCUGUAAGUUUCAUAGACCCAUAGAUUUCAUAGGCUUUAUCGACUCUUGGCAAAUUUGAUCCAAUCUUAAUAUUAAUCUUAAUAACAUGAUUAUGAUAAUAAAUUUUCAGGCUUUGACAUACAGUACAAUCUGUGAUAUCUUGUGUCCUUGCUUGGUAGUUGCCUAUACCCAAGAUACCUUGCACUUCUCGGCCUUGCAUAUGUUCAUUUGGUUGUUCUAUGGAUGCACACUAACUCUUCAGAUGUUUCUUUUUAGCUUUGUUUUAAAAAGUGUGAGUGGAAGAGCUUCUUGGUGCAGAAGUUAAAGGGUUGUAUAUUUAAGUGGCAUUUAUUAACAUUAUAUAUGUAACUUGAAAUAACUAUUGAUUAAAGAGUGGGGAAAAUGUA